AUGGGUAACAGAAUUUCUUAUAACAAAUUUAACAAGAAUAAAAAUAACAAAAACCAUGAUGAUUCUGGUAGUAGCGGCAGGAGUAGUAUCAAUGAUGAAUCAUAUCAAUAUGUUAAUGGAAGAAGAUAUUUAAAGGAUUGUAACAGUUAUAUGCUACCGAAUGAUGAAGAAGAAAUUGAUAGGUUACAAUCACAGCAUUAUUUACAUUGGCAAAUAUGGAGAUCAAAUUUCUCGUCCCCAAUUGAAACAAUCUUGAAAUUAGGUGGGGUUGAGGUACUUGAUGUCGGAUGUGGGUCAGGAUUAUGGUCGUUGGAGAUGGCUGCACUCUACCCUUUAUCCAACUUCACAGGGAUAGAUAUCGCGCCUCAAUAUCCAAUGGACACCCAUCCCUUGAACACAACGUUUGAAUCAGUUGACAUUACACGAGGUUUACCCUAUCCGGAUCAUAGAUUCGAUUUUAUUCACGUUAAAGUUUUAUUAUCCUAUAUACCUGAAAAACAAAUGAAAUUGGUAAUCAAUGAAUUAAUGAGAGUUUUAAAACCCGGUGGAUGGUUAGAAAUUAUGGAUUAUGGUGAUAUCAUUAAUCCCGGUCCCGCUUUUACAACCUUUUAUAACGCAUGUAAGGAGUUGGAAAAACUUUUACCUAAAUACGGAUUGGUUGAUGUUCACUUUGAAGAAAAGGUAACAAUGUUCGGAAAGAAAGGUGGACCUGUUGGCGUAAGCAGCGUUGAAGAUUGGGAAACCGUUUUUUUAAUAUUUCAAAAGUUGCUUUUAGAAUUUUCAUGCAUGGAUUCCGAAUCUUACUGUAAAUUGAUACAAGAUUUUAAAGAGGAAGUAGAUGAAUAUGAGUCCGCGUUUAAAUUAUUCAGAUUCUACGGACGAAAACCUCAAACAAAAUUCCUUUUAUAA